AUGAAGUAUUCGAUCUUCUUCAUCGCGUUCGUCGUCAUGGCCGCGGUCAACGUCUCGGCUCUCCCCGCCGACGCGAUUAAGCCCACUUUGGAAAUCGACGACCUUUCGCAUCACGAGAAGCACGCGUCUCCAGUAGUAUCACACCGACCAGGCUUUGGGAUACCAGACGACCCCCUGGGCCCUUCGACUAGGCCGUAA